AUGUUACAAGCCGUCUUCUCCACGCGCUUGACGUUCGCGCGCUCUAUCCUACCUCAAAUCCGGCUCUAUACCAGCUCGGUAUCGCGGUCGUCCCUAUACAAUGUCGGCACAUCGAUACGAAGCUCGCAGGGACUACAACGACUCUCGCUUCCGGCGGCCCCGCUGGCAAUGCAAGUCCGGGGAAUGAAGACACGGUCAUCGGUAAAGAGAUUAUGUGAAUGCUGCAAAGCCGUCCGCCGCAAGAACCGCGUCUUCAUCAUCUGCGAUAAGAACCCGAAGCACAAGCAACGUCAGGGGAAAUAA